AGCUCUGGUCACAGAAUAAAAGGCACUGAUUUGACUAUGAUUUGCUCAUGUAAAAUAUGGAGAUAGACAUAUCUUAUCGACAGCGGCUGGUCAAUAGAACUUUUCAAACUGUGCAUAUUCUUAUUGCAUUUGGAUUUUUAAUAUUUGGUUUGGUGGAGUUUGUGAGCAACCCUCCAUAUUUUGAUGGUUAUGGCGAUGCAAAGGCCUCGCAAAAACAAUUGCCAGAAGAUUUGUUUCAGGUAUUUAUAAUACAUAAUUUAUACUACGUGCUUAUCUAUGAGGUGAUAUCUGCCAAAAUUCAUGUACAGUAUUGGAUUAUGCCAUUGGAAAUUGCAUUUGUGCCUCUGUUUAUAUGCUAUUAUGAUAUAUUCAAUAUUAUAAUAUUGGAAUUUCAUUUCAGCGUACGACAGUGUGGGCUGAUUCGCUCCUUUGAGUGAUGUGUCGGCAGUUUGUCCGGGACAGAUCUUUGCAUGGUAACCAAGCGUAUAAAAUAGCUGGUGAAUUAGAAGCCUGCCUUUUAGUUGCUCUCAACAUUUUUCCCACCCUCCCUCCCAAGUACGGCAUGUCUUCUCGUUUCUGUUAAAGUUAUUGGCGGCAGUUGCUUUUCAGGUGUCUACCCCACCCUUUCCACUUGGGUUGUAGUGCUCCGGAGCUGUUUCCGGGUUAUUGGGGGUUAUUCUGUGUAUUGUUUGUUCGUGUCAGGUUUGGGGACCUUUAGGGAGCAAUUCGGUUUAGUACAUAGAGUACACUUCCCUGUGCAGACAGGUUGAUUUGGGGCCAUUCCAUUUAAUGUAACCCCCCCCCCCAUGGACAAGUUCGAUAAAAUUUGAACCCCUAAGAAAAAAAUAUCAAAGUGCCAACACAAAUACCCCCCAGAAAUUAAGAAAUUUUUGCCUUACCCCUCAGAAAAAACACAAAGAUCAAAGGAUGCUGAUGCACACAACCCCUCAGAAACGGCCUUUUCAACCCCCCUCAGAAAUUCCCGUCCAUAGGGUGUGUGUGUAUAUAUUAAAUUAGGCUGGAUUGAUAUCGCAAAUACCGAAUACCGAUAUACCGCCAUCAGAAUACCGGUAAAUACCGGUAUUUUUAACGUGUUUUUUUUUAAGCCAAACUGAAGUGCUGACCGUCAAGAAAAAUCAAGUUUUGACAAAAUAUUAAUGUGGCACAUACUGUUAUUAGUGCAAAUGUCACAAGAUUCGCAUUAUCAAGCUAUGUUAACAAUUAACAGCGCUAAGCGGCAAUUAUCAGGGCUCGAAACUUGCGGUAUCCCGAUAUCCACAGGAUAUCAGAUUUUAAUUUUGGAUACUGGGUAUCAUAAGCUCAGUAUCCCAAUUGGAUACUAGGAAAACUUAGAAAUUGCGAUAGUAGAUAAUCAUCUAGACAUUUGGCAUGUUUCCGAACUUCAAUGUCUACGGAUUUUGGCAGAAUAUUUAAAAAAAAAAACAUUUCACAAACGGUGCUUUCUUUCGUAUCGCCGCAGUGUGUUAUUUUCAAUUUUUUCGAAUUUCAAUACAUAUUUUUAUUAUUGAAACUAAAGGCCUGGUUUUUGCUCAGCAACUGAAGGCCUAGUUGCAAGGUAAAAUUUUGCCUUGCUUAAAUACUGGAAAUAGAAUAUCUAGUAUCCAUAUCUGGGUUACUGUAUUUCAAGGAUGGAUACUAGAUUCUAUGAUGCUGGUAUCCACUUGGAUACUGACAAAAAUUUCAAGUUUCGAGCCCUGAUUAUUAGUAGGCCGUUGAUUGGGCGUCGAAGUGUUGAAUCAUUCAGAAAAAUAUUUGUUUUGUAUAUAAAUUCAGAUAGUGUUUCAGUAAGGUGCUAAUAGUUAUAAACAUAAAAAACGUUGCAUUUUUAAAACUAACACAUAAACAAGUUAGCAAGCAUGUAAAAAAACUAGAAAAGCCAGAAAAGGUUUACGCUUCUUCGCAAAUGCUAGUACUUCCACCUUCCAAAAUCAAAGUUUUCUUUUUUGUCGAAAUUUUCCUUUAAAAAUUUCGCCAUUUUUAUAUUUCCGAUUAAGUCGAUUUAAUAAACAAGACGUCUGGUAUUGCUAAACCAAAGCCGCUAGAACUGUAAGAACAAAAUCAUGCAUCUGUGAGUAUUAACUUUGCUUUCUAAACGUGAUUAUAAGCAAGUUUGACUUGAAAGAGCGUUUCAUUUCGGUAUUAGGCAGCAAAAUACCGAAAUGUCGGUAUAUCGGUAUUUUUAAAUUGUCAAUAUCGCCAAACCGGUAUCUAAACAAAUACCGGUAUAUCGGAUAUAUCCGGUAUAUCGAUCCAGCCUAUAUUAAAUGGAAUGGCCCUUGUCAUCGAUGAGGAUGGAAGAGGUUCCAUUGUUUGAGGAAGUAUCUAUGAUUCCUUGCAUGGUUGUAUGGGGGGAUAAGACAACCCAGCCCACCAUAACCUGGAACCGAAUCCAUCUCCCACCGAUCAGUAGCAGGCAUAAUUGCUGCCACAGCGAGCGAGCCUUAAGCAAGUGAGUACAGUGUAUAGCAGCAGACCUAAAUCAUGCAGUUGUGCUUUUUUUAAGAAAACUUGCCACUAGGCAUUGUGGUCGGCGACCAGAAUUCUGUGCGCGACGAGCUGGUCAGAGACCAGAAUCUUGUGUGCAUGGUAAACAAUUUGUAUACAGUAGGAUUUUUUGUCUUCACUAUCUCUCAAUUCUGACUUUGCAAGGUUCAUAUCUUCGGUUCAGUGCAUGUUAUGAAGACAAAAAUACUACCAUUCGAUUCAGCAAAACAAAAUCUCCUAAUUCCUAAAGAUAGUUUUAGUCAAAUGUCCACAAUAUAUAUGGCUAUUUAUGACCUUUAAGAGGUCAAGCUAUAUCAAAUUUCAUUUUAAGGAACAAUGUAAACUACGGUAGCCAUUAGCAUACAUUUUGCCAAACAUAAGUUCAGCCCUUUUGGACAUAUCUUUUUUGUAAUAGUCUUAUUUGAGACAGAAUCCAAAACACUAUUUAGUGACAACCACCUUGCUGCCAUUUUAUUAAAGGUGAAUAUUAAAUGGAUAAUAUAUAUAAUCCUUUAUAAUCUGUGAAAGUCCAAUGUAUAUCAAUAUAAAGCUUGGUACGCAAUAAAUAUUUUGUUGGCUGUUUUCUCUUCCUGACAGAUGUAAAUAAGUGAACUUGUACACGAAAAUAUAGAAUUGCAUUUGGAAAUAUACAUUCCUAUAAGUCUUGGUCAAUAUCAGCAUUUUGGGCAUCUGACUCGACAGAACUAGUUGUUGUACAAGGGUUUUGUUGAUGGAAAUUUUGAGUGUAAAUUUUACACAAUUAUUGGACCUAACUAGGAGCAGUUUAGUUGUGUAAAAUAUAGGCCGUCUUGCUGAGGAAUCAAACCUGUGGCCCUGUGGUUCCAGUGCAGCACUCUAAUCAACUGAGCUACAGAGUUCAUGUAUAUAUACUAAGGUAAUGCCAAUUGGUAUUUCACUAGACUAGACUAGGAGGACUAGGAGGGAUGCAUAUCCCCAUGCACCCCCAGUAAGUUCAUCCCAGCUUUUAAUAUUCAUACAGUUUAAUAUUCAUACAUAUAUUCAGUUUAAUAUCCAUACACACAAGCCCACAAAUUGUAUUGCUUGCUACCUAUACACUGGGUGACUGGGACACAACAUUCAAGAAUUUGUUCUACUGAUGACUGAUUAGAUUUAUUAUAAUUAUUGGUCUAAGUGAAUUUAUUGUUUUUAUAAUCACUGCGUCUCAGCUAGUUCAGCAUGCUCUCUUCUCCAAUUACCCCCACCUUCUCCUCCGUACCCUUAAACAUGCCUUGAACAGACCCCUAGGUAUGCACCUGAGACCUUAUUGGACAUUUACCCAAUUUGCACUAAUAAAGUUUCAGAAUGGAUUGAAAGCUUUAUUGCUCAUUAUCGUCAAAACAAAGCUACAUGUAAAGAUGCUCUAUGUAUAUCAUGAUCGCCAUGCUUGCAUACAUGGAACUUAUCACAUUUUGUACUAUUUUUUACAGAAUGACCCAAGAGUGACGAAUGAAUCCGUAUGUUGAAUUCCUUCUGUUACAUAUGAUUGAGCACAACAUUGUUUACAGCUAUGGAAGAAUUCUGACAAAAAUACAGCCCCAACCCAAAUAACGUCUGCUCACACUCUAAUAAUGCACUUGGGGUCUGCAUGAGUGGGUUUGAAGAAAAAGAGACAGUUGACACAUUAAGUGCCAGCACUCUCCCCUUGACAAGUAAAAUCGUCUGGCGUUAGACAGAGUAAAAUAGUGUGGGGCAAUGCGACUCAAUGGGUUAAAGUUUGAGAGUGAAUAUUCAGUUUUAGUAUAAUUACAAAGGUGAUUAUCGAAAAUUGUGGCCGCUGAUUGGUCAAGCGACCUCGGAUUAUUACGCGAUAAUCACCUAAGCGGUUUUUUCAAAAUGGCGGCGAGUUGUUUUGCCAAAGUGACAGAUAAAGAAACAAGUAAUUUUAAAGAAAAUGCUGUACCUAAGAGCACGAAAGAAGAGACAAAAUUUGGCUUAAAAUUAUUUCGAGGUAGGAAACUAAGUUGCAGAAAUCUGCCUAACUUUAUUUCGCAUAAAACAUCGUUUUAUUUUAAAUUGCCGUACAAUUGUGAAUUGUCUAGACAUUUGUUUACGUUUGUAAAAAUAUAUUUUCUACAGAUUGGUUUCAACAACAGUCAGAAUUCACAAAUGAGUUUGAAGACAUGAGUAUUGACGAAAUGAACCGAAUUUUUAUCAAAAUUCUAUACCUUUCUGUAAGAAAAAGUGAUAGGAAUUACUACAAAAAACAUCCUUGAAUCUUGAUGGCGAUACGAGCGCCUUCAUUGCGCAUACCGCUUUCUUUAUGAAUUUAAUUAAACGAUUUUCAAAAAAUUGAGAUGUGUUAUAUUAUUUUUUUCAAAUAAUCACCUUUGUAAUUAUACUAAAACAAUUAUUCGCCUCAGGCUCGGUGAAUAUCGCUGAAUAAAAACCUCGACUUCGUCUCGGUUUUUAUUCAGCGAUAUUCACCUCGCCUUCGGCGAAUAAUUGUUAAAUAUUGAAACGUGUUCUUUCUCCUUGACAUUUUCACACUUCCUGGGGUUUUCAGCAUUUCAUCUUGAAAUCAAGAAUGGUAUACCAUUGAUUUAAUUAAGACGUGAUUGAUUGUCACUGCAUCUGGUGUGACUAAAAUCUCGCGUGUUUAGUUCUCUAAUUAUACUAUACAGGGUGUCAUGGAAAAAUUCUUUAGAUAUGUUCCAGUUUUCUAAACAGCCAAUUAUUAGUUGGCAUCCAAAAUGUAAUCUAAGAGAUGAAUUUGGACACUAAGAUUAUUAAAGUAGUAGAAGCCAUGUUAUGACUAAAUAAAGUCUAGUUCACCCAAUGGAUCUGACAAUGAAAUCAUGCAUCAGUUGUGUCAUAGCAUGUCGAAGGGAAGAUGGCUGUGAAACUCAUUUGAAUAACAAUAUAACUCAUUAUCUAUGUUAGUCAAUGUUUAUUCAUAAAAUAAUCUGGUCCUUCAACGUCACGUGCGUAUUGUAUUUUUGCCCAACUGCGGGAGCGGUCAUUUUUGGCGGGGGGUGGCACCGAAGAGAAAAUGGUUGGGUAAACUAAAUUUUGAGUAAGUAAAAGGUUGGGUAAAUGAAGAACAAAACAACUCAAGGGUUGGGUAAUAAAAAAUUAUUGUCAUUUCCAAAGCAUGACCCACUGAAAUAUUGGAGACUAAAAAGCGUAUGUAAAUACAAUAUGUGAAUCAAUCAGAGUCACUAUCUGUCAUUUUCCGAUUUGUUGAGAGACAAAUGAUGUCUCCAGUAGACCUUUCCCCUUAUGAGUGAAAUUUUGAUCUAGAUAUGCCUGGACAAAAAUUUCAUCACAGCUUGAAAGAGCAUCACAAAAGUAGUAAUAUUCCGAAGUUUCGUUGCGAAAUGUUGUAAAAUGCGGAUAAUAUAGCCUUGCGAAGUUUGCCGUUUUUCAGUCAUUUUGCAUUACAAACGGGAAAUUGAUAAUCAGAUGAUCAAACUGAUUAUCAAUUUCCUAUUUGUAAUACAAAAUGACUGAAAAACGGCAAACUUCGGCUACAGGUAAGAAAGAUUACAAAAACAAAAAAUAAAUAAAACGGCAAUUUGUCCCAUCUUGGUCAAAGGAAUUCACGUGGCUUGAUUUCAAUGAAGUUCAAAAUGUAAUGAUUCGUCAUCUUUGCGUAGGAUUUCCUACCCAUGCAGAUAAAGAAAGUCCGUUUUAUAAGAGUACAAGCACCUUUCGAAAGAGUUGGAUCAAAGCUCAUGCAAGAUCGAAAGCACAUGCAAGCUAGCAAAGAAGCACAACAGCCACAAGUACCAGGCAUUGUUCCUUUUGUCGUUUGAAAUUUCAGAACCUGAUUUUGAUCAAUUAAAUUUAAUUGAAGACGCGGUGGCUUAUCUUGACACACGGUUAGGCAAAAACCCGUUGUCUUGUUUUGAGAUAUUUGACAUAUCUACAAUUGCCACAUGAUAGAGAGGAAAUUGCAGUUUAUGGUGAUGAAGAACUUGAGAAUCUCGUUGAGCAUUUUGCAGCUGUUCUGAGUGAAGAGGAAACUCAAAAAAUCCCAGACGAGUGGACUGAUUUCAAAAUUUGGAUGUCAGCACACAGAGGCAGUAGUCAUCGUCUUGAUUUGUACGGUGAUUUAAUCAGAGAGAGUCUACAACAUCUGAGUCACAUGUACUUGUUUUGGUUCAAUUGCUGUUAACUUUCAGCUCGUCUAUACUGCCUCCCGUAAAAAGGAAUUCUUCUGCAUGAACCGUGUAAAAAAUUCUCAAAGAACAUGUUUGAAGAAUGACAUUCAAAAUGAUCUCAUUCAACUCUCUUCCGACGGAUGUGAAGUGAGUGAGUACUCGCCUGAUAAAGCAGUGGAAUAUUGGUUCUUCUCAGCAAAAGGUACUGUGAGUAUAUCUGUACUGUAUAUGACACUGUACCUGGAACAUAAGACUCCAAAGCGCACAAAGGAGGAGUUGUUGGAAGAAGACAAAGAAGAUUCCUCACAAGAAGAAUACUUGUCACAAGAAGAAGAAGAAGAGUCCUCACAAGAAGGAAACUCUUUGCAAGGAGACUCCUCGCAAGAAAAACGGACUCCUCGCAAGAAAAAGACUCCUCACGAGAAGGAGAUUCCUCACGAGAAGGAAACUCUUUACAAGGAGACUCCUCGCAAGAAAAAGACUCAUCACAAGAACGAAACUCUUUACAAGGAGAUUCCUCGCAAGAGAAACAGACUCCUCGCAAGAAAAAGACUCCUCACUCACGAGAAGGAGAUUCCUCAGAAGAAUACAAUUGACUAAAUUGAGUACUCGUUACUUGUAACACAGCUGUAGUAGUUGUAACUUGUUAACAAUUAAAUAAACACCGGUUUUGUUGUGGUUCAUAACUUCAUUCUUUUAUUUUUAUCUAAUUUAAUGUGGGCAAGUGAGAAAUGGCCUCGGGCAACCAAAUUGUGAGGGUUGCCUGCCCCAAGGGCAACCACUUUUUUCAAAAUUUUGCAAGCCCUGGUUUCAUCGGCAAAGUUUAUAAAUUAAAUUAAAUUAAAUUAAAUUAAAUUGUAACAUGCCUCGUCCCCAGGCGCUAUAAAACGAUUUCACAUACACGAGUCACCAUAUAAAAGGUUUACAUGAAGUAGCGCGUCAUUAUAGGCGCGCAAAGGGGGAUGGGAUACGAGUACCUCAACCCCAUAAACCCCUGCGCUUGUUCGUCGCGAUGCACUACUUCAUGUAAACCUUUUAUAUAUAGUGACUCGUAUGUGAAAUCUUUUAUAGCGCAUGGGGACGAGGCAGUUGACUAACAUAGAUAAUGAGUUAUAUUGUUAUUCUACACGAGUUUCACAACCAUCUUCCCUUUGAUAGGCUAUGGUUGUAUCAAUACAGGUUUGAUGACCCUUUACUUUAUUAAACAACCAAGAUAUUGCUUCCACAGACCAAUAAUCUUAGUGUCAAAAUUCAUCUCUUGGAUUGAAUUUUCGAUGCUCACUAAUAGCUAUAUCUGUCUAAAACUCUUGGGGGACAUCCUGUAUAGACCUCGGUUUGUAAAACACUUUGUUCACACAUUAGAAAAACGGAAAAACUAUCUUCAUAGCCGGUAUGACAUGUCAAGCUUAAAAGCACGCAAUUUCAUUACUUAUUAACAUUAAUAUUAACUUAGAUCAUAAUUAAGUUUGAUCAAACUUCCUUAUAUUGCAGCAUGUUCUUCGACUUAUGGAUCUCCCAUUAUUUCUUAUGAUUCUGGUUAGUAUUACUGUCGUUCCAAUUGAAGUGUUCCUCAAAUAUUGAUUCAAUACAUUACCUCGAGCUGACCAAUUCAUUUGAUCAAGUUCCUCGAGAUAUUCAUACACUUCCUAGUAUAAUUGUAAACUUCCUGUUGAAUAGUUUGAAUGCACCAAUCACCUUUGCUGUUUGUGCAACUAACCAAUCAUAGAUAGAAAGGAAGUGACCAGAAAUGAUCAAAUUCUUGGAAUUGGCUCUUUCAUAGGAAGUCUAUGAAUAUCUCGAGGAACUUGAUGAAAUGAAUUGGUCAGCCUGAGGUAAUGUAUUGAAUCAAUAUUUGAGGAACACUUCAAUUGGAACGACAGUAAACCACAUUAAACUGUAUAACGUAUUCAAACGAUUAUUAUAAACAUAUCGAAAUUUAAUUUCCUUUCCAACGACGAAUUUAAUUAGGUCUUCCUCCUCCUCAGCCUCCUACUUUAUGGGAAGGUCACAGAAAAUCUGCAGAUUUGUGUGUGACCUUUUGUGACCUUUCCAUGAUGCAGCGAGCGGCCUGGGGAGGAGGCAGGCAGGAAAUGACUUGUUUGGUACUGAAACUGAAGUAUGAACUGCGUAGAUCAUUUUAUUGUUUUAUUAACUUUACAAGUAAGGACAAAUAAGGUCAAAGGUACAGUAUAGUCAACACAGAGAUUUACUAAAAUUUGAACUUCAAUGUUAAAAAUUUACCUGGAGUGCAAUAAUUAUAAUAUAGCUUUUUCUGAUUGUCAUACUUCUGAUUUCCACUGUCAUACUUCUGGCGUUUUCUAAAGCAAAUUCGCAAAAAUGAUUAUCAUUUCACUGAAAAUAUCAAAAUUUAAACUUGAAUUUUACCUAAUUCUUACCAGAUUUUUUACCCUGAUCAACACUACAACAAACGAGAAUCCCAUAUUUUCUUGUAUAUAGGCAUAUUUUGCGGUGGGUUGUUGGUUACGAUUUCAAGGAUUAUCAUGGCUACUGACUGCAAGCAUGAUUCUAAAUCUUGUUUGCUUCUUUGCCGUCAAUUACUGGGCACAAGAAAUGUUUUCAUGGAAGUGAGUUUUCAUCUUAUUACAUUUCUGUAGUAAUAUACCUGAGACUAAGUACGUCUUAUUAGUGCAAUUACUAUAUACUAAUCAUAUAGAAGGCAAAAUUACUCAAAAUAUGAUUGGCUAAUGAUGAGGGCAUUUUUUCUUAAUUCAGGACAAAAUUACUUGUACCUGAUUGGCUGAGACGCAAGCGCGGGAAGUUUCUUGUUUUAAACAGCAAUAAAAACAAUGGCUUCUCGCUUUGUCGUUUCGGAUAAUGAUGUUAUCGAAGAAUUAAAAACUUCUAGUGAAAACUCGUACACUGGAAAAAGUACAAAUUUAUGGGUUGGAGCAUUUAAGAAAUGGCCAGCAUUAAGGAACAUCGGCGAAGACAUGGAGACAUACGAGGUUCAAGAACUUGACAAGUUCACAAUUAAGUUACAAAUAAAUUUUGCCCUCUGUUUCCUCGUAAAAUUAUGGUUUAAUUGCACUUGUGUUUUCAAAGUUUCAGAAAACACGCGUGAAAUUAAACCUUAAUUUUACUCGGCCCCAUGCGAUUACCUAUAUAUAUAUAUUUAUUUUAAUUUAAGUAAAAACCGAACACAAAUACACUACCACAUACAUCAAUACGAGAAAAGAAUUGAAUUUCGUUUAAAACAGUAUUACAACCAAGAAAGCCAUGAAUAGGCUAUAAGUCAGUAGUGUUACAAAACAACACACAUUGUUUUAACAUCAUAUACAGAUAUAAAUAAAAUAUGUAGUCCCUACAUGUACUAUUUAAAACACGAGUAGGAGUGUUUUAUCAGAUAUAAAACGCGAGGCGCAUGACCGAGCGUUUUAUAUGUGAUAAAACACGACAACGAGUGUUUUGAAUAGCUUAAAAUAUGACUGCAAAAGAAUACUAAUUAGGAUGAACAAUUAUAUAAUCAUACUAAUUAGGAUGAACAAUUAUAUAAAGAAUACUAAUGAGAUGAGUUUUAUCAGAUAUAAAGUCACUUCACGUGACAUAUUAUGGCUGACAUGAUUUGCCACAAGGUUUUAUGAACUUUUAAUGAGUAUUUUAAAUUUAUUUAUCACUUGCAGAUAUUACAGCUCUCGUACCAGUGGUUUGGAACUUCAAGUCUUCACAAUAACACUGUCUGUAUCAUUAAUAUUCAUGGUCAUCUUUUAUACCAGACGGAAAAUGCCAUUCAAAUUGAAGGUACUUUUAGCUUUGACUCCGAUAAAGGAUCAAGACUAAAAUACUACACGAGCAUUGAGCACUACAGAAUAUAUAAGACCUAUACUAGUACAUGUACAUAUGACUUAAACAGUACUUAUGACAAAGGACUUAAAAGUACUUACUGCAGGUAGUAGGACUUGUUACUUUUCCUUGACGAGCUUACUUGUUUUACGAGCGCACGCUUUUUGACUACGUAAACUGUCAUGAUAUUUUUCGUUCAAAACUAUUCGUUCACGAGUGUGUUACUGUGUUGUUUCACGAGUGCUGGAUAUCAUACAAUAUUUUUAUAUUAAAUUUGCGAUGAAAUGUUUACGAUGGAAUGCACUCAAAUAUUCUUAGCAUCGCUAUACGGUCGAUUUUCAGAUCUUGCAGUCACGCGGGAAUAUUUCCUCACUCUAAGAAAUCCGCGAUUUGGGGUGGCAAGAAGAAGAAACCACUCUCUAAAUUGGCCUUUUUGAAUUCGCAUUCAGCCAGUUAAAUGAUUUGGAGCUCGAUAGAAAUGAACUUGACGGCUAAUCAACGCUGCUUUUAUUAGCUAUAGAUUUAAACGAUCUUAAACGUUUGCCAUGACCCAAAAUGUUGAAAGUCAAAUAAAUACGUCACGUGAUGUAUCGUGAUGGGCUUUCGCCGAUGAAAAAGCAGAAUAAAUUCAGCAGCGUGCAGGAAAUACACGGUUUCCUCUAUAGAGAAGAAUUAAAUCCUUGCGAAGGAAACACAGACGUAAUAUUCUUAACAAGUUGUUAAAUUUUGCUGUGGUUUUUUUUUCAGUCGUCUUUAACGAUCCAAGCGUUUGGUAAAGUUCACUUGGCGUGGAAUUUUAGUGUAGUCUUCUUAGUUUGUUUCACUUGUCUGUUGCUGUGGUUUUCCAAGUUGUAUAUUUCAUGGGCGUGUUUCAACACACAACAGGAAAUUAUGACACUAUGUGAAAAAACAAAUAUGGUAAGAUUCUUAAAACACUGUCUAUGUUUCCAACGCCAACAAAUACACUCGGGUUAUAUAGUACCGUAUCUUCGUAACAAGGACGUGGAAAGAGAUGAGGGAGUAAUACACCUUUUCACAAUGACGUUGAUAAGUACUUAAUGAAUACUUAAUGCGAUUAUCUGUACGGGACAAUUUUUAACAACGCACAAAUCGUUGCCAAUCAAAUUUCGUGUAGCAUCAUUUGCAUUACAAAUUGUCGCUAAAAAAUGCCCGUGGGACAUCGCAUGCAUUAGGUGUUUAUCCGCGUUUGACGUCUGCAUUAUGAAGGUGUAUUGGGAACACGAUUGGGACACCUCCGGCGUAUUAUCAGACCUGCCAAGUUCGGAAGAUAAGAAUGCGUGACCAGGGCCGUUGCGAGGACUUUGCCUUUGGGGGGGGGAGGUUAGAUUUACCGCCUGAAUUGUUUCAAUUCACCUGAUUUUGCAUCGCCCACGAGGCGCCAAUGGUUGGCGCCGAGCAAAAAAUUUUGAAAAUUUGAAUUCACUAGACCGUCGGAAAUAGCAUUUUUAGAGUCUUUCCUACCCAAGAUUUCAAUGUUUUACUACUGCUUAACAAUGAAGAUAACUAAAAUAACUACUGAUCAAUAUGACAGUGUUACUUACAGUUUAAUGUGGCUAGGAAAAUUGAGAAAAUUUUGGAAAUUUGGAGUCUCCAGAUCGUCAGAAAGCGUAUUUGGCCACCGCAGGCCACGAUGCGUCUGACGCUAAUUCUCAGACGCUAAUUCUAACGUUGUUAACUCUAAUUCUACGUUUGCACAAAGCGUUGUCAAUGAGUUAUUGUACGAAAAGUGGGAUAGUGUCAUAUAAUGGUAAAAAUGCGUAACUUUAAGAUAAUUUUAGUUAUGCGUGCGGGACAGCGGGAACAACCUUGGCAGGUCUGUACUAUAUAUAAAUGUAAGCCCGUCUUAUUUUAGAGUCCAGAGGCAGAGGCAGGGUUAGUUUGAAUACUCAUAAUUCUCCAUUAAUAUCUAUGAAUUCUCUGAAACGUUGAAAUAUCUGUUAAUCUUUUUCGAAUUUUACAAAGUGUCAAAGAAAUAAAUACAGCAUUGCUAGCUCGUUAAAUAAGACUACUUUACUAUAUCAACUAUAUAGGAUCUCAAAUGUAUCGAUUUUGCCGUCGAUGCAUUUUUUGAGAUCGUUUAGUACUUGUUGUUGUCUAUUUAUAGUUACUGUACAAACGCACCCAUGCAUGGAAGGGGCUUCGAUUGCCACAAAACUUUAAUCGAUGCUAUUCUCUUAUUUACAGGUUCAAUGUUAUUUCUGUCAAGAUUGCAAUUUUAACGCAUUUGCUCAUUGUGCUGCAAAAGAUCGUUAUAGAUCAUUUCAUUGUCUAUCACCAAGAAAUUCAACAAGACAGGUAUUAUAUUAUGUGUGAAAAUUAUACCUAAGACGGUUUGUAGAGUACCAGCUGUAUAGGAAAGUUGUCUGUGCUCGGCAGUUGUGCCUGAUCUACAUCAAAAGAUUAUCAAUCGGUUCAAAAUCAAGGUUAACAUUGCGUAAGGGUUAGAAUUGAGGUUGUAUUAAGAUUUACUCAAUUUCUUUUUGUUAUUCUAGAAAGCAUUCUGCAUUUUUAACUACAACGUUGGAACAUAUACAAUUUUAACUGGUAUGUAUACAGUAAAUAAGACGUUUUGUAAUAAAAAUAGUAUAAAACGUCUAAUUCGUUCUCUUGUCAACAAGCAAUGCGAACAGCAAUGUUGACAAGUUGUUGGAACAGCAUUGCUACAAGUCUGCUGCAGGUUUGUUACAACUUGUGCGUUUUUACGUGCAUGUGUCCACAGUAUUCAAACAGUGAAUAUCAAACCUAUCAUACAUUGUAUUAAAUAAGUUGUGGAAAUCCUGUUGUGAUGUUUCAUGUAAGUAUUUCUAUUUAUGAGACUAUCACUAAAUGAGUCGAAAAUAUUGGUCCUAGGUUCAUGACGUCAUGCAACCAUGUCUCAUUUUUGGCUCAGGGAUGUUGCGAAGCAACAUCUGUGAGUCUUUGUGGUUACUUGAGUGUGGGGCAGUUAAACAAUAGGAAAUGACCAGCCUGCUUUGCGCGCACUGUUUACCUGCGAAUCGGACCUUUUAGAACCAGAAAUCGGGCUGGGGCACGCGUUCGUUCUUUUGAUUUGGCAAAAGAAGCAUGAUAAAUGGGUGACUGAAAACAAUUGACCACUUGCGUAAUAGACUAAAUUUUGAUCUAGACAAAAAUUUCAUCACAGCUUGAAAGAGCAUCACAAAAUUAGUAAUAUUCCAAAGUUUCGUUGCGAAAUGUUGUAAAAUGCGGAUAAUGUAGCCUUGCGAAGUUUGCAAUUUUCAGUCAUUUUAGAUUACAAACGGGAAAUUGACAGCCCCAAAGGGUAUUGGGCUGUCAAUAUUACUAAUUUUGUGAUGCUCUUUCAAGCUGUGAUGAAAUUUUUGUCUAGACUUGUUUAGAUCAAAAUUUAGUCUAUUACGCAAAUGGUUAAUUGCGGACUGCUCUAAUUCUUUCUGUCACUUUCAUUUGAUCUUAUCCGUGAGUCGGCCUCAACGGCCUUUGAUUACCCUAUUAACUAUAGAUUACCUUACUUUUCUUUUGCUAGUGUUUGCCUACGUUGGUGGACUGUGUAUAUUUCUUGCGACAUUUUCUCAGAUUCUGAUCCACUAUAUCAUACGGGUUUUCCUCGAUGGAUAUUCAACACUUCGCAAGUUAUUUUUUCGGCGUCGUGCUAGACAAAUGUUUGCAAGAUCAGAAGAAAUAGAGACGAUGACUGAUGGUGAAUCAGAAUAUAAGUCUACAGAACUAUAUCAUCCUGCCACUGAUAAUGAUUCAAGGAUGUCUUUCGAAAUACCUGAUGAAGAAGAGAUAGAUGAAGCUGAUAUGGGAAAUAUUUUGAUUAAUGCUUCCAUUGGACAAAAUAUGAGAAAUAGUCGGUCAAAGGAUAGAUUUAUGUGAACAUUUCCUUUGGAUCAUGGAAUUGAAUGAAAAUACGAGAUGAAUGAUUGCAUUGGAAAUGAGUGAUAUGUACAUGUGGAUAGCUAAAGAAGGAUGUACACAAUGUAUCUGAUAAGCGCUUCAUUUGUAGCAUUGGUCAUUCAACGAUAUUUGAUAUAAUGAAACCUGCGAAUAAAACAGUAGAAAUUCAAAUAUAUGAGAAAGAAAAUAUACAUAUAAAGUACAGUAAAUAUAAAAGGCAGACGGAUCAUCAUUAAGAACAUUUGAUAUAACGAAAGAAAUAUGACAACUACAUAUAUAUACUAUAUAGUCAUAGAGCAAGAAAUUGAUUAAGCACAACGAAAACCGAACAAAUGAAAUAGCGCCCAAACCUAAUGCUGGCUGCGCGGUUCGUGUGCGAGUUUUUCUUCCAGAAAGCAAGACGAUCACGGUUGUAAUUAGCAUUUAAAAGUUUUGGCUGCCGCUACCGACUUAUAUAGCACCAAAACUAUAACAGUCAUAUAAAAUAUAACAGCAUUUAAUAUAAUUAAUCUCAUAUUGCAAAAUUAAUUAAAAUUGAUGGUGUAACCUCGGGUGAAAGUCUCUCAUGUAUGUUAAUGGCCGUGAAAGAUGAAGACAUUCAUCCAAUUCUUGACUUGCAAUCAAUCCCUUGAGAAUUAGAAGACAAUGGCAUGGCGAUCAGUUCAUCGAAAUAUUUCAUCGAAAUAUUUAGUUCCAUUCCGUUUACACGAGGUCUGGUCGUGUACUGAUAUAUAGAUCAAUUUAUUUCAGAAGCAGCGUGGGGAGCCAUUCCAGAAUUUUUUAAUGUUAAAUGAUCCAAAUAAAGAAAUGAAUCAAAGCACAUCAACCUUAAACUACAGUUGUUUUGGGGAUGAAUAUUUGUUAAAUAAACAGAUGAACGCAGGACAAUACACAGGACAUGCAUGCAUAAGCGCUAUACUGAAAGAAUAGAAAUCUAACUUGUACACUUGAGUCACUGGAUAAUAUAAACAAUCUCGUUCUCGGGGAACGAGAUUGGACUGAUAUAAACAGAAGCAUCCUCGUCCCCAGGGCCUCUCGGCCGCGUGCGUCCUCCCUAGGACCGAGUGAAAAUGGCUCUGGGGACGAGAAUGAAACAGAAGAUAGUGGAUUUCGUUCCCAG